CGGCAAAAAAUUUCUCCUGCUCUUGACGUUUAAGGUUGGAAUUUGCCGGAAUAUUUAUGAUUUUGGGGCUGUUUGCCGCAGAAAUUAAAUGGAUCCCCGCAUAGACAGCUCCAAGUGGAAGCCUCGCCGUGCUCGUGGGACUCCAUCCUACAGACACCGCAAUUACUUCGCGCUUGGUGUUCUCACAGUUUCAGUCGCCUUUGGCUUGUUCGCCGUCUUCAAUCCACGCUUCUACAAUUUGUACGACAAAUACGAGCCUAGAUUCAGAGACUCCCAGGAAGAGCUUGAUAGCAGACAAUACAUGAAUCUUGUGCCGUUUAAAUCAAAGGACGAAAUUAAAGAAAUCAUGGAAUUUGAACGUGAAAUGCGUAGUGAGAAGUAAACCAGACGAGAGAUGGAUAAGAAGCGCGACAAGUUUGCCAGGUUGCGCUCUAAAAAUUGUAGUAAAAUCGGUUCCAACAAUGCAGGCACCACACAAAUCACCAAAUUCUUCAAUCCUAAAAUCUCCUCUUCAGUUAGCGGCACGAUUGCCAGUGAAGUCUUGAGUCAGCAGAGUCAGAAGAGUGGACACAAUGACGCUGGAAAUGUCACAGAUAAUUUCAUUGAUCUUGAUGAGGAGUCUUCCAAGGACUCUGUGUCUGGGAGUCAAUCGCGACCGCGUAGGGAAAAGGCUGAGCAGUCAGGCAAGAGAAUGAAAAAGCGAGGGAGUUGCGUAGAAAGAAGAGGACCCAAAAGCAAGACGAGGAAAGUGUCAGAUGAGAAAUUCCUCAAUAAGUUUCUGGUGAAGAAAAGUAUUGCAGAGAACAUCAAUCCGGAUGACCUGCAAUUGGCUCUGGCCCUGUCGAGAUCCAUCACAGAAAGUCACGAGGAGUGUUUAACAGUUCAAAUGGAGGAUGAUGACUCAAGUACAUCCCAUUCGUCUAAAUCUACGGCGAAAUUCACUCUGGAAGAGUACGGAUUCAAGUCCAGUACUCAAUAUAACACAAAAAUGAGGAAUUUUCUGGGAAUGGAAGAGCUCAAGGGCUUCCGGAAGAUGUCUCCUCUUCUGCAUAGGAAUCCCAAAAAGCAAAAUCGGCUAUUCGACGAAAAGAUAAAUGAACUUCUGAGCAAAUCCAUCUGGGAUGAGGAAGACACUCGAAAAGAGAGAUUGCCAUACAAUUUUCUAGUGACCACUGAGAAUCAUCUUAAGUGGACGAAUCAUGGUGAUGGAAUUAUGAGUCUGAACAGUAAUUCUGAGCUAUCUUCCAAUGUAUACUCCUGCUAUUACAAGGGAAACCUUGUGAAGCCGUCCUAUACGAUGAUCACUGCUCUUUUGAGGAAUUGGGAUGAAAUUCCAGGGCGAGAAAUGUCUCCAAGCCGCACCCGAAAUAUUAAAGUGGUGGAAAAUGAAGCGGAAAUCGAGGGAAGUAUUGAAUUUGAGCAAUUUGAUCGCUCAGUAAGAUCGGAAACGCCGGAUAUCCUGCUAAGUGAUGAAGAUAACGCAAUGGAGAGUUCACAACGAGAGAGUAUGUCUAUAGAAAUAUUGAGUGAUGAGAAGGAGAUUCCUGAGACGCCAGAAGAAUUGAUGAAGUCUAGGACAAUUGGAGAAGAACAGCAGGAAGAUCAUGAAGUGAAAUCUUUGAGUUUUGGGAGAACCGAGUCGAAGAGCUUCUUGGAAAUGGACGACAAGAUAAUUGACGAGGAUGUGAUCGUGAUCGAGAGCGACGAGGAGGAUAAAAUCAACCAGAGUAUCAAUAAGAUUAUAGAAGAUCAGGAAACGAAACAUCUCGGAAAGAAAUCCGUCUCGGAUGGGUUUCUUCUUUGCCAGAAUCGCAGUCAAUUAGCAGAUGAAUUUGAUCAUGAGAGUUUUUUAAAGGAGAGCAGUCCUAUUUCUUCGCAAAUCAAUAUAAACUCUCUCUUAUCCGGUGACAUCAUUGAAGAGGAACCUGUGAAAGUCUCUCAAGGAAACGAAAAGGAGGUGACAUUUGUCUCUCAGAGCUUGAAGAAUCAGGAUAUUUGUGUGGUAAAGAGAAGGGCAGUCACACCUCCUCCAGAUUUUGAUAGUUUUGACGAGGAAGAAAUUCAGAAGCAGCUGAAGAAAUACGGUCUGAAAGCCAUCAAAGGACAGAAGGCGAAAACUCUGCUGGAGCAUAUCUACAACCAGUUGCAUCCUUUCAUUCAAGUGGAGGACGAAAUGUUCCAGCUGAAGUGCAAAUAUGGCUUGAUUGAUGCGGAGCCGGAGCAGACGAAAGUGGGUGAGAGUGGCGCAUUGCCAGAGCACAUGGACAUUUUGUGCAAAGAUGAUUUCCUUGGAAACGUCGAAGCUGAGAAGUGCAUACUUUCAUGUCCUCCGAGGAAGAAAUUGCCCACUUGUGCUGUUCCUCUGCACAUCGCCUUCUACAACUUCCUGCAAUGCAACAAGGAGAUCCAUGAGCAGAUCUUGCAAUAUCAACCAAUUCCUCUGGAGACAAUUCAGGGACACUUCAGAGACAUGGGAAUGAGAUUCGAGGCAAAUGACUUGAUUGAGUUUCUAGACAAGACUUGCGUCACUUUUCAAGGGCCAAACAGUGGAAGUCGCACGUGUAGAAAAGCAUUACCGCGCAAAAGCAAUACAAAGGAGAAGAAAUCAUCCGACGAGUGUGGUGAAUAGAAUGACACUUCUUAUCAGUGACAUCAUAAUUGCAAAACCCUCGGGAAUUCAGUGAACAGUGCGAUCCGAUUGAAUAAAUAAUUUAUGUCGUCUAGCCAAUUGGCAGUGUGAUUCUAUUUUCUUUGUCAAGCCUUAUUACAAUAUUAUGAAGAAUGUUGGGGGAGUUGAUACUCCAACACACUCUCGGCGCGUAG